AUGGAGGAAGAAUCAAAUGUAACAUAUUUAACUUUCGGUGGCCAUGUGGAGCUUCACAAAUACAGAUACCUUUAUUUUAUGGUUGUUUUUACAAUAUAUAUUCUAAUAUUAUGCAGUAAUUCUGCUAUUGUGUACCUGAUCUGGAACCAACAGGACCUCCAUGAGCCUAUGUACAUUUUCAUUGCAGCCUUGUUACUGAACUCUGUUCUUUUCAGUGCUGUUAUCUACCCAAAGCUGUUGGUUGACUUUUUAUCUGAAAAACAGAUCAUAUAUUAUCGAGCCUGUCUUGUUCAAUAUUUCAUGUUUUAUGCUUUAUCUAAUUCUGAAUUCCUACUGUUGGCAGCCAUGGCCUAUGACAGAUAUGUGUCUAUAUGUAAACCUCUGCAGUAUCUGACCAUCAUGAGGAAAACCACUAUAAGUAUCUUUCUGGCUUUAUCUUGGCUGUUGCCUGCAUUUCUGGAUAUCGGAAUAACAAUAAUGACUGCUAAUCAGCAGCUCUGUAGCUUUACUUUGGAAGCUAUUUUUUGUAAUAACUCAAUAUACAAACUGUUUUGUGUGCCUUCAAAAGCAAUAUCUGUAUAUGGUGUGCUAAUAUUCCUAAUUCUUAAUGUUGUUCCUGUGAUCUUCAUAGUUUUCACAUACACCAGGAUACUUAUAAUAUGUUAUCACAGCAGUGGAGAAGUCAGGAUAAAAGCUGCACAGACCUGUGUUCCUCACCUGCUGGUUUUAAUCAACUAUUUUAUUUUGAUAGCAUAUGUUGUUAUUGCAGGUCGACUGGAAUCCGAUUUUCCAAAAACUGCACGUUUAAUAAUGUCGUUACAAUUAGCUUUGUGUCAUGCUGUUUUUAAUCCAAUUAUAUAUGGACUAAACAUGAAAGAAAUUUCUAAACACCUCAAGAGGUUGUUCUGUGGUGAUAAAAUGUAA